CUAAGUCAAAAUUCGCAGCAGCGGUGAAAUUGAAAAAAGAUCUUCAAUCACCACCAUCGUCAUCAUCUAAUUCGUCAUUCCAGACAGGUAAUCAUCACAGAUUUGAGAACUGGGAAUAAUUCAGUUUGUUGUUUGAAUUCUCUAUUUUGCGUUGGUAAAGCAGAUGGACAUGAAAUUCUAGGGUGAAAGCGUGAACCAUAACUGGACAACGAGGUAUGUCGAUGUCUGAAGAAUCAUCUUCUAGCAGGAGACUUAUGAAAACCCUAAACAACAAUACAUAUUUCUCAGAAGAUCUCUGGCUUCAAAUCUUUCCAUAUUUUCGUUUGAAUGUCAUUUUUAAGUUCAAAUGUGUCUCACGGGUAUGGAAUUUUCACCUGUCCAGUCCUAAUUUGAUAUAUAAAUGGAUUCAAUUCAAUGCUGAUAAUACUACUCUUCCAUGGAUUCUAGUUUACAUCUUUAAGCAAAAACAUCUAAGGAAGUUUUCAAUUGCAUAUCUUGAAUCUCAUUCCCCAUAUAUUUCUAAUCACAAUGGGUUUUCUUUUGAAUUCUUAAAUGGAAAUCCAAACAGUAGUAGUUACAGUACGUUAUACUUUUUGGGAUCGAGUAAUGGGUUGGUUCUAUGUCUUAGAAAUACAUUUCAUUAUGUAUGUAAUCCACUUACUCAUAAAUGGGUUCAACUUCCUCCUACACCACAUCAAGAUGAUUCCGAAAGACUCUCUACUCUAACUGGUUUCGUAUGCGAUUGUUUUACAUUUCCCACCACUAGUUACAAGGUUGUGCGUAUACCACCGUGGCAUCGGGAUUCAAAUAAGUUCAGUAUUCAAGUAUUUUCUUCAGAUUUGGGUAAAUGGAAUCUCUAUGAAGUUUACUGUCCUGAGGGUGUCAAUUUGAGAUUCCCAAAAGGUGCCUCUGAUCUAAUUAUCCACAACAAUGUGUUGUACUGGAUUCACCAUAGUAGCAUUGUAGCUUACAAUCUAGAGAACAAUGAAUCUGAAUUACGUCAAUGUAGGCUGAUUGAUUUGCCUGACCGUGGAAAUGGUUCCACUCGUUGCCUUAGGGAAUCGAAUGGAUCGAUCUUUUAUGCUCGAAUCAAAAUGCGUGAGAAGACUCUAUGUGUCUGGGUUCUUCAGGAGGAGAACUUCCAUUUGUUCCAUAGCAGUAUUGAUUUACAUGAUCUCUUCGCUGAUAUGGUUAUCCAAAUAAGGGCAGAUUUAAAUGGUAGUAGAUGGCGUAGAGACAUAGUUAAAGUUUUUGGUUUCGAUCCGGUAGACAGUAAUGUUGUUAUGAUCGGUUACAAACACUAUAUUUGGGCAUACAAUACCGGAACCAGAAAAUACGAUGAGCUCUGUCAUCCUUUUUUCUUGGGUAACCCACAUUCAGCUUUUGAUGUUGUCUACUUACCGCUUGUGCUUAAGGUAAUGCCAACUGUACUUCCACCUCGGUCUUGGUAAGACACUUUCUGUCAGUAUUUCUAGUUAUUAAGGAAAUGUAUUAUGCUCUGUCGUCGAAAUGAUUAGCCGUCAGUUAAUUUUAAUUCUUACAUGUCAAUUGUUUGGGAUGACAAUUUAUAGACUCAUAUGGUAAAUAAAAUUUGCAUUUCUUUGGAAGCAGUAGAAUUGGAUUGUCCAGAAUUUGCUAACAUUUUCACCGAUAUUUCUCUACUGUUAUAUUUUCGCUUUUUUUUCUUCGUUUGUUCUUCAAAUUACCAGUAGUAUUUGUCAAUGUAAGGUGUGUAGGUCUUCUUCAACCCAAACCUAAAGGCCUAGACAUUUCUCUAUCACAGUACAAGGUGUUUGUAGAUUGUUGUUAUUUGCAACAUUACAAGAUUAAUGAACCUUUAAUUAGUUGGUAUUGACAAUACUGGCGCUUAUCUUUCUAUAUCUACAUUACUACUAGAUGCUAAUCAAGCCUGGUGUUACGCUGCUGUCACCACUAUUAGAAUCAGUCCUUUGAAUUCCAAAACUAGGUCAUAGGGUGAUCAUUGACCAUAGCAGGUACAGGACGGAUACACUAGAAUGACCUGAAAGUGUUUCACUAUAAACUGCAUUAGGUGCAGGAGAAGGAAUUGUAGAAGGAAAUGAAGCAAUGAAUUGGUAAAAGUACAACUAUCACGGAUGGGAACAAUAGUCUUAGCAAAUGGAGAGGAGGAGACAACAAGGGGCAAAGCUGGUGUUUUAAAACCCAAAUAGGACAAUAACACUUUGCAAAGUUCACUGAUUAGCUCAAUUUUGAUAACUUUAGAAUUCAGAGAAAAGAAGUAAUUUUUCAGCACAUUUCAAACGAGAAAAUGCAUUCUCAGGUUUUGGUUUUACCAAACUAUGCAUAACUCACACAUCUAAACUGUAUGCUUCGUAUCUACUGCGAAAUCAGUCUUCUGUUCUUGUUUGUGUUUCUUUGCAACUUUCUCAUGCAGGGAACACAAAAGCUGUAAUGAGUGAUGUUUACUUGGCUUUACAGGCCGUGAACUUUUUGCACUCAGUAUUGAAAUGGUGUUCUGACUAACAUUUUAAAUCAAGAAAACUACGACUCAAAUUUCAUCCCAAUGCAUAAGGGCAGGUGUUCUGUGGAAAUGCGCGCCUUCAAUGGUGUUGGAAACUUGGAAAGAAACAAGUCUCGGAAGUCAGGAAGGAUUUUAAAGCUGUCCUUCAUGAGAGUGCCAGAGUUGCCAUAAAAUGGGUGAUGUGGAUGA